AGUCAAAACAAACAAUUCAUGUCUUGCUAGAUAGGCACAUAAAAGGAGGCGGAAGCUCACAGAGAUUUCCUGAGUAAUUGUCUAGAGAGAAUUCUGUGAGGUCACUUCCUUCUUCUUCACCAUGCAUCUGAUCUGAAAGCACAUGUAUGUCUGAGCUCUGCAGCUCAGACUCCAUUUUAGGCCUAGAUAUUCUACUUUAGUAACUUAGUUAGUACUUUAAAUCUGCCUUGAUUUUACUACUGCAACUGCUGUUUUGAAAUCUAGAUUAUGUGAGUAAAUAUUACUUUUAAUUCUUCACAAAUCUGUGUGUUUGUUAUUUUAAGAGGGAUAAAAGGGGCAAUACCAGGAAAAUCCAGUUUGCCUAAAAGCAUCCUGGAUUAUUGUUUUCUAGAAGGUUAAACCAACCUUGUCUUAUGCUUCCAAGUCUAUGCUGCAAAGGAUGGUACUCUGCUAAUCUCACUCAUGUGACCAAGAGAGGACGAUAACUAAAUAAUAUAGCCUCUCUUAGUAUCAAAAUCCAUUCCUUCAAAGGGUUACGGGCCCAGCAGAGACAAAAUUUGAAAUAUUUUAGUGGAUGUCACUGGAUUUUCUUAAAAGAGAAGAAAGAUUCAAAGCUGACAUUUUUUUUGUAUUUCCUGGUGAGCACAUGGUGACUUCCAUUGUCUCCAUUGUGAAAGGAAUUAACCCCUACCUUUCCCUCACAGAGCAGUAGCUAGGCAGAGAAGAUCUUAAAAUUUUCAUUGGAGAUUUAAAUUUAAAUUUUUGAAUUUUGCACAUUUUUCAGAUUUUGAUUUCUGAGAUGGCCAAUCAGAAUCACAUUGAUGAGGGAAGCCUCAAGCUACCCAGACUCACAGAGAACAAUUUUAUCCAAUGGAAAAAGUGCCUAGAGGCUAUAUUUGAUCUUAAGGAAAUCUUGAAUUGUAUCGAAAAGGAAAAGCCUACUGGCACUACUGAAGAAGCUAAAGCUUCAGUCAAGACAUGGGAGAAGCAGAAUAAGUUAGCAGUGGCUAUAAUUCUGAACAGCAUUUUGGAUGUACAGAUGGUCCAUGUUAAGAAGGGUAAUACUGCAGCCCAGAUCCUUGAGAAUUUGGAAUUGUCAUAUGGAUUUGCAAGUAAACGCUCUCACCAUGCGUGGGUAAGAGACUUAUUUAAGUUGAAACUUGUAUCCAAAACAGACUGUAACAGUCAUGUGACUGAAUUCUUGACAAUUAUUGAAAAACUAGAACUCACAGAAUACCCAAUGCAGGAAGAACAGAAAGUUUGUUAUUUCCUGGGAUCACUAGGACCUAAGUUUGAGACUUUUGUGACUCUUAUGGAUGGGAAGACAGACUUAACUUUAAGAAAAGUGAUUGCCCAUCUGAGAGAAGAGUGUGUGGAAAGGAGACAAGAAUCUCCAACCAGAAAUGCAAAGGCCAAUGAUUCAAACUAUAUGUCUAAAUUCCAAGCGAAGGCCAAAGCCACACCAAAGAAAAUCAUGUGCUUCAAUUGUAAUAAGGAAGGAUAUAUAGCUAAAGCUUGCAAAGCUCCAAAGUCACAAAAAUUCCCUACAUAUAAGCAGCCAAACAAAAGAAAAGGGAAAAAUGAGGGAAGUAUUCUCUUACAAGAAAAGAGUUUAACUGUCAACAAUUGUGACGCCAAACAAAUGGAUUAUAGAUUCUGGAGCCUCUAGUCAUUUCACUCAUGACAAGGACUUCCUUGAGGACAUUAAAAGUAUUGACCCAUCACGAGGUAGCAGUAUUCAAAUUGCAGAUGGAAAAAUCAUAAAGGCACAUGGCGAAGGGUCAGGAGUCCUGAAGUGCAAAAUAGGUUGUGAGAUAAAAGAGAAUCCCAUGCAGCGGUUGUUGUAUACUCCAGAACUAAACUGCAAUAUGCUUAGUGUCUCUAGUGGCCAGAAAAGCUUUCCGUAUAUUAUUUGAAAAUGAUGUGUGCCAGGUGUCUAAAGAUGUGAGAUUGUAUGCUGAAGCAAGUCUAAUACAUGGUAUAUAUGAGAUUAAUCUUUCAGAACCCCAAUUGGCUAAGGUGGCAUGCUCAGACCAGAAGGAUGAGACGGACCCACAACUUUGGCACAGGAGAGUUGGACGCAGAGACAUCAAUGCCAUAAUGGAUUUGCAGUGCAAGAAGCUUGCAAGAGGAAUAAAGGUAGCACUAAACACUUUACCAACAACAACAAAGUAAAAGAAUCAAACACAAGAAAUGUUCAGGAAGUAUCUUGCCAUGGUAAGCAACAAGUUUCA